CAACUAUUAAAAACUACUUGCUUCAACUAACUACAUCAAAAAAUUUACUACCCAGAAGAAAAUAAUAAUGGAAGAUACUAAAGUUAAGGCGAAGAAGAAGAAUUUUGCUCCAAAGCUUCAACUAUCUGUACCACGUUCUGAUGAUGUUUCAUUCGCCAAAUUCUUGACUCAGAGUGGGACAUUUAAAGAAGGUGAUUUGCUUGUUAAUAAAGAUGGAGUAAGGAUUGUUCAGCAGAAUGAAGCUGAAGCUGCACCUCCAAUAAAGCCUUCAGAUAAUCAACAGUUGAGCUUAGCUGAUAUUGACAUAAUUAAAGUCAUUGGAAAGGGAAGUAGUGGGAUUGUUCAGCUCAUUCGUCAUAAAUGGACUGGUCAAUUUUUCGCAUUGAAGGCUAUCCAAGUAAAUUUUCAAGAGACACUAGUUAAACAAAUAGCGCAAGAAUUGAAAAUCAAUCAGUCAGCACAAUGCACCAAUGUUGCUAUAUGUUACCAAUCGUUCUAUGAAAAUGGUGUUAUUUCUAUAGUUUUGGAGUACAUGGACGGUGGAUCUCUAUCUGAUUUUUUGAAGAAAGUCAUAUCGAUUCCAGAGCCGUAUCUUGCUGCCAUUUGUAAGCAGGUGCUCAAGGGAUUGUUGUAUCUCCACCAUGAUAAACACAUAAUCCACAGGGACAUGAAGCCGUCUAAUCUGUUGAUUAAUCAUAGAGGAGAAGUCAAGAUAACAGAUUUUGGUGUGAGUGCUAUACUAGCGACCACUUCUGCUGAGAGGAAUACCUUUGUUGGGACUUACAACUAUAUGUCUCCCGAGAGAAUCACUGGAAGCGCAUAUGGCUACAAAAGUGAUAUCUGGAGCUUGGGGCUAGUUAUAUUGGAAUGUGCCACAGGUCAAUUUCCAUAUUCACCAUCUGCAAAAGAGGAAGGAUGGGACAAUUGUUAUGAGCUCAUGGAAGCAAUUGUUGAUCGAGAACUUCCUUACGCACCUCCUGAACAAUUCUCUCCCGAAUUCUGCUCAUUUAUCUCAGCAUGCCUGCAGAAAGACCCAAAAGAUAGACUGGCAGCAGAUGAACUAAUGGAACAUGCUUUCAUUAAAAAGUACGAAGAUAAGGAUGUCAAUCUCGCAUCUUACUUUGCGGAUGCCGGAUCCCCAUUAGCCACUUUUGGAAUGCCUAUCUGAUGUCGGUAGAGGAGAGUAUUAUCUUGCAUUUACGGAGGAAGGGUUGAUAACCAAGAGAAAUCAGCGAAAAGAUAUUCCUAGGGAAAAACUAAAGUACAUAUCUUCUUUUGGGGGCGAGAACAUUGCAACCAGAGAGAGAGAAAUCCAUUCAUCAUUGUUGUAUUUCGAUUUGAAUUCUUUUAGAAAUGUAUGUUUUUAUACAACCUUGAAGAUCAUAAAUUUAAGUUUUCCAUUAAAACCACGCCUGUUGAUGUUUUCGAAUAACAUUAGUGUGGCCAUACAAUACAGAUAGGUCUUGUU